AUGAGAUCACGACCUUAUGGUUGUUACGAAUUUAGAACAAAUCAAGUGAGUAAAACUGUAAGAGUUUGGGGUUGUUUCUUGGAUAACAAUGUCUCUGCUUUUCAAUCUAGUCGCAAAUCUCUCUGUAAGCUUUUACUAGUCGUUAUCAACAAAAUAUAUAAGUGUUUUGCUGUGUUUCCUUAUGAUGAUUUUUCUAGUUCCUUCCACAAACAAUCACAGGUUGAAGAAGAAAGUGAUCACAAGGAUGCUCGUUUCUUCUCUUCAUCUCCAAAGAAGCAAACUCCAUAUAUGGUACUUGAAGGUGAUAAAGUAGGAGAGUCUUCUGAAGCUGAAAAUAUCAUAAUGAGUUUCAAGUUGUUUGAUCUAAGUAAGGAAGAGAUCAUCCAAGUUAUCCACAAGUCAUUUCCGAAGUUGUUGUACGAAGAGUCAAGAGUCAUUGGAAGCUCGCGUGGCUGGAUAGCUUUUAUGAGCAAACAUGAUGGAACCGUACAUCUAAGUGACGUGUUCAAUCUCGGGUCCCUUAGAGUCAUUACUCUGCCUCCUCUUCCUGAUCCUAUGUAUCAUCCUUCCACAGCCAUCAUAAAUGUCUCCUUAUCCUAUCCGCCAGACCAAGAAGAUGAUUAUGCAAUGUACAUCAAGUUCUUAUGCUCCGAAAUAUAUUACUGUAGGCCUAAUCACCACUCGCAAUGGGUUCUAUGUGAUAGUAACGAAAUCCACACAACCGCCUCUGAUAUCGUAUAUUCCCCAAGAAACCAAAUGUUAUUCCUCGUGAUAAUGGGAGCAAGUUUCUUGCUUUCUUUUGAAGCAAGCUUAUACUCCAACUCCCAUGUCCUCAUCUUCUGCAUUAACUCAGCCUUGUUCAUGAAAUAUUUAUUAACAUAUAUAUCAUCAGCACCUUGUGUUGAAUGUACACCGCCUAUAGGAAUCGGACUACGAUCAGGAGCAGGAAGCAAAUCCAAUGACUUAUUGCCUAUUCCCUUUUCAACCGUUGAACAUGUAUCACUAUAUGGCACAGAGAUGGAAGAAAUUCCGACUGUUGGAUGAG